GGCAUCUUUUGACAUGUAUUUUCAUUAUUUGCCAGGAAAAUAAGGUGGUCUGUUCCCACUUCCAUCCAGUUCUCUUUAGUGUUUGCCAAUGUUGGAGGUGUAACUGGGGUCUGGCCCUGGAUAAAGGAAUAGAGCAUGGCUCAAGUGAAAGUACAGACCUCAGCACCCCUGGCUGGUCCUGGCCUCUCCCCCGGAGUUACCCCUGCGGCCAUGGCCAGCCCAGGAUCCCUGGGUCUGCAGCCCACUGUUAAUGGCACAGGCCCGGCCCCCACAUCCAGCUGCCCUGCUCCUGCAGUCGGAUAUGGGGACGCCCCUGUGUCUGCCACACCACCAGGCCCACCCCAGGAGAACAUGGCAAACCCUAAAGAGAAAACUCCAAUGUGUUUGGUGAAUGAGUUAGCCCGUUUCAAUAGGAUCCAACCACAGUAUAAGCUCCUCAAUGAGAGAGGCCCUGCACAUGCUAAGAUCUUCACAGUGCAGCUGACUCUUGGGGAGCAGGUGUGGGAGGCAGAGGGCACCAGCAUUAAAAAGGCCCAGCACUCCACAGCUGCCAAAGCGCUGGCCGAGAGUGUCCUCCCCAGGCCAGCGCCCCGCUCCCCAAAGGUGGAUAUCAACAGCAACCCAGGCAGUAUAACACCGACGGUAGAGCUCAAUGGUCUUGCCAUGAAGAGAGGGGAGCCCGCUAUCUACAGGCCUUUGGAUCCUAAGCCUAUGCCCAACUACAGAGCUAACUACAACUUCAGAGGGAUGUUCAACCAAAGGUACCAUUACCCUGUUCCUAAGAUCUUCUAUGUGCAGCUGUCUGUGGGGAGUCAUGAGUUUAUUGGUGAGGGACGCACCCGCCAAGCAGCCAGACACAAUGCUGCCAUGAAGGCCCUGCAAGCCCUGCGCAAUGAACCCAUACCCGAGCGGCCACCACAGAGUCCAGAGGAAAAAGGGGAGACUGAGGAAGGCACAGAUGCCAGCAAAUCAGAGAUAAGCCUGGUUUAUGAAAUCGCUCUCAAAAGGAACCUAUCUGUGAACUUUGAGGUGUUAAAGGAAAGUGGCCCUCCGCACAUGAAAAGUUUCCUGACCCGAGUCACUGUGGGGGAGUUCUCUGCUGAGGGCGAGGGCAACAGCAAGAAGCUGUCCAAGAAGCGUGCUGCUCUGUCCAUCCUGCAGGACCUGAAGAAGCUGCCAUUUAUUCCUGCUGUGGAGAAACCCAAGACGCACUACAAGAAACGUACCAAGACCAUCCUUAAGACGGGACCAGACUAUGGCCAAGGAAUGAACCCAAUCAGCCGACUGGCCCAGAUUCAGCAGGCCAAGAAGGAGAAGGAGCCUGAGUACCUGUUGCUUUCUGAGAGAGGGAUGCCCCGACGCAGAGAGUUCAUCAUGCAGGUCAAGGUGAAUAACGAGGUUGCCACAGGAACAGGACCCAACAAGAAGGUGGCUAAGCGGAAUGCUGCUGAGGCAAUGCUGCUACAGCUGGGAUAUAAGGCCUCUACAGUCCCUCAGAGCCCCACUGAGAUGGACAACAAAGGCUGGAAUGGACAAAAGGCGUCUUUUACCGAAGCAACAAGUAACACCCAGAAAGGACUGCUCCACCUCAGCCCUGAUGUCUACCAGGAGAUGGAGGCCAGUAGGAAGCAGGGGGGUGGUGCACCUGGCCCCGGCAACAACAGUGGCUCUGUCAACUACAUGACUUCCAAAGACAUGGGACCCUGCUCUGCCCCGUUGCCCCCAGGACAUCCUCCCUACUACAGCAGUACAACCUCCUCACCCAGUCCAACUGCUACCAUGGCCAGGGAGCUGCUACUGAAUGGUCAGUCACCCACAGCUGAAGGCUCCCUUCCUAUGAAGGGGAAGAGCUCAACCCUUGCCUGUGGCGUCUCGGUGCAGCCUGCACAGCAGCUGGACUACCUGGCUCGCAUCCAAGGCUUCCAGGUGCAGUACAGUGAUGCACCGAGUGGCAAGGAUUUUGUGACCUAUCUGACCCUCUCCCCUGUGCAAAUGACUUUCCACGGCACCGGGAGCACCCUCCAAGCCAGCCACGAUCAGGCUGCUCUAAGUGCCUUGAAACAGCUGUCGGAACAGGGACUGGACCCGGUGGAUGGCCCCAUCAAGAGCAGCGAAGCCUGUGGGAGGGAGGACGGACAUUAAACAGACUAACUCAGGCACCACCACUCAGGUCUGCAAGGAUUCAAAGGCUGUCGUCUAGGAGCUGACAACCCUGAACCCCUCCUCGGCAAACACAAACCUGACAAACCCACCACUCCAAUCCUCAAUAACCCCACAACCUCAUAGUGUCCCCACUACCCAGAAUCUCCCUCAACCCAACCCGAUCCCACCCCACGAUUGCCACUGUAUCCUGCAAAACCUGUCAACAUGCAAUAGGGUGGAUGUGCACCGAGAAAUGACCGACUAAAACACCAUUACCUGAGUCUAUGUGAAGACAACGCUAUUUUAACACAUUUAUUGAUGAUUUCAGUCUCAAAUUUAUUGGACAACAAAAAAAAAAAAAAAGAAAUACAAGCUAAUGAGAUAAAUGCAUGGUACUGUAUGAAAUUAAGGGAAAUCCAAAGUGAUACACUGCAUAGAUAAUUUCCCUUUGGAUAAACGUCUGUUGGUAUGGUUAAAACAAAUAUGUACAUCAUGCCAUUGAAAUACAAAAGAAACAUUUAAGGGGAGAAACCAACUUGCGUACAGUAGCUUAUUUUCGGGGGUAUUAUGUUUCUGUUUUUUUUUUUUUUUUUCUUUUGUUAUUUUAUUAAUCUAACAAUGCUUGAGUACUGUAUUUAAAAUUAACCAAUGCCAGUGCUGUGAAAGUUGUAGUUGUUGUCUUCAUAUAUAGUCACCCAGCUUACCUUGUAUGCUGACAUUAAAAAAAAAAAAAGAGUUCAUCUAUCUAUAUGGAUGUGUAUGACUUGCAAGAGUAUCAUAUUCCGAAAAAUAACACAAAAGUUUUUUUCAUGUGGACAAAAAGGACAAAACUGGUGUUAGCAGUAAUCAGUAGAAGUGUGACCACCCAGGAGUGAAGGUUAAGCGAACCUUUACUUCCUCAAGGGUCGACUUGUCCCAUUUUAACAUGACCCCACACUGGCAUAGCAUCACUGGAGCAUCUUUUGACCAACAGCGGAGGCAAAGGCGCCGCCACACUCGUACUUUUUAAUCCAGAAAAUUUGGCCAGUUACAUUUAACGGUGGUAAUUUUUAUUGCGCACAUUCUGUAAUGCCAGUAAACUUAAAGAGUCCACCCUCCAGAGAGCUUUGUACGGGGCGUCAUGCCAAACGCAUGUCCUCCAGUGAAUGAAAAAAUCCUCUCCAUUCCAGUGAUUUUGUGUCAGUGGAUCGUCCCCCCUCUCCCCCCACAGUUUUGUCGAUCACAUCUACACCCAUUGUGUGUGUUGUAUUGACCCGCCAAGGCAUCAACUGGGUGCUUUAAUGCCUGCAGUCUGUAGUGCA